AUGAUAUUUCUUCAAAAUGUUGAAAAAAUUCGUCAACAUAAUGAACGCUAUGAACGUGGUGAAGAAACAUACAAAAUGGGCAUCAAUAAAUUCGCAGAUAUGCUACCUGAAGAAACGAAAGAAGUAAAUGGUUAUCGCUAUGAGAAGAAACAAUUAUUGUUUGGAAAAAAAAAUGUGAUCCUAUUAUCAGCUAAUAGUAGAUUACCGGAAAAAGUUGAUUGGCGUAUUAAGGGUGCUGUUACACCAGUGAAAGAUCAGGGUAGAUGUGGAAGUUGUUGGGCAUUUAGUUCGACAGGAGCACUGGAAGGGCAACAUUAUCGACGAACAGGUCGUUUGAUUUCACUUUCAGAGCAAAAUUUAUUGGAUUGUAGCGAGGAUUAUGGUAAUUCUGGAUGCAGUGGUGGCCUUAUGGAUUAUGCAUUUGAUUAUAUAAAAGAGAAUGGUGGGAUUGAUUCGGAAUCAGCAUAUCCAUAUGAAGCAAAAGAAGGCCCAUGUCGUUAUUCGAAUCGAACCCGAGUUUCAACUGAUAAUGGUGAAGUUGAUUUGCCAGAAGGUGAUGAAAUGCAACUUCAAAGAGCGGUAGCUAAAAUUGGACCAAUAUCAGUAGCAAUGAAUGCAAGAUAUUUAAGCUCAUACGAAGAAGGUUACGGAAAUGAAAAGGUGAAAAGAGAGAAUGGUACUGUGGAAGAUCUUGAUUACUGGAUUGUUAAAAACAGUUGGGGUAAAGAUUGGGGUGAAGAUGGAUAUUUCCGGCUGGCACGAAAUAAAGAUAAUAUGUGCGGUAUAGCAAGUGCAGCAAGUUAUCCGAUUGUAUCGAAAGAAAUGGCGAUGUCAUUGAUGAAUGAAUUGGAAAGAGAUUAA